GGCUCGAAGAGCCAAAUGGCCUCCUCCUGCACCUAUUGUCUAUUGUCAUGCUCAUUCACUUCCUCGCUCGCCUCCCUCCCUGCCCUAAUAACCCUGUUGCUGUUUCUGCACGAUAACAUGACUGUCUACUCUUCUCUUCCUCCCCCAGCUGCCCUUACCCCUCUCCAGGGAUUUGCCUGCCUGCCUGCUGCUUCCACCAAGUGCCGCCAUGCCUGUGGAUUUUGCCCGGCGUCUGUGCCUGAAUCAUUCCCCUCCGCUUCACAGCUUGCUGAGCUGCCAGGAGUUCCGAGGUGUGUGCAGACCCAGGCUGAAGCCCAUGCGUUCCUGCUUGCAUCUUCGAAACAAGGUGGGAGAGGGGUGGGCAGCCAACCCCCGGGGCUGUGUGGACAAAAAGAAAGUGGUUUUUGCAGAUGCGAAGGGUUUCUCCCUCACCGCUGUCCGCAUGUUCUCCGAGACGGAGGAUGAUCUGUCGGACCUCCAGUUCGAGCUCUCGGACCUGGCCGACUGCGACCCACAACCCGCCAAGAACGAGGAGCUGCCCCUCAACUUCCACCUGCCCGCAGAGGAUUAUUUAAGCUUCCGUUCUCGUUUGCAAGAAAACUUUGUCUGCCUCGAAGACUGUUUGGUCCAAGAGAAGUUCAUUUCUGGAACGGUCAAAGUGAAGAAUCUCAGCUAUGAGAAGAAGGUUAUGGUCAGGAUCACCUUUGACUCGUGGAAAAGCUUCCAUGACGUUGAGUGUGCGUACUUGAACAACAUGUACGGCAGCACUGACACGGACACCUUCUGUUUCCAGAUCCCCCUGCCCAAUCACCUCCAAACUCGGGAGAAGAUAGAGUUCUGUGUCUCGUUCCAGUGUGGCCAAGAUACCUUCUGGGACAACAACAAUGAGGAGAACUAUAGAAUUCCCAGUGCGGCCUGGCCCCUGGCCGUGGGGACAGUUCGCUGCAUGGACGACUCCACUCACUACAACAGCCGAGGGCUGGCUCAGGAGGUGGAUGUGGAGCGGUUCGGCAGUCCCCGCUCAGCUGAUGCCAUGUUCUCCCAAUGGCAGAGCUGGGGCUGGUUCAAUGCUACUACCCACUGGUGACAACCUCUAACCCCCACAACUAGAAUGGGCGACAACUCCAGUUUGGUCCCGGUGUGUCCCAGAUGCAUCACAUGUGUUGACUGGGCUUGGCGGACAUUUGCAUGAAUCCUCAAUAUGAAGUGUGGUGCUUUGUUAACAAUACAUCUCCACUGCUGUUGACAAAAGGCAUCAUCAAUCCCGACCGGUCCUGACUCAUCUCUUUGCCAUGUUUAUGAGGAAAUGGCAGCAAAUGUCUGAUAUUCUGCCAACAGGAUGACAAGGAAGUGAUUUGGAAUAAGUAUGCUGAUUGGAUUAGACUGCAUAAUUCCUCGUGUUUUAAAGAAUUGUGCUGUAGUAAUCUUUUGACUUCCAGCCAAAGACUUGCAUAAGCAGAGGUGACGGUGCCUGAAUUUUGAAUUUCACAAACUAAACUUGCACGUUUGGUAUACCCUUGUUAAACUACUUGUCACUUGUGAGCAUUGCGUUGUCCAUAAGAUGCCACAUGUUUGUGUAUUUACCUGCACUAUUAGUGGUAUGGCUGCAAUUAUGACAAGCUGGGCUGAUGUUGUAAGAAUCUAUAAAGUGUCAUCAAUUGAAAAUGGGUUAGGUUGGGAAAUGGGAUCACUUUGUCAAUUCUGGUGUCGCUUUAAGCAACAGAGUGGAUGUCUAUAAAAUGGUGGUUUUCAGAGUGCCUGCUUUGUUAGAUGUACAAUCAUAUAACCUUUUAUUACGAUUAACACUAUGCUUCUAGUUGCACUGUGAUUUCCUUGUAGCCAAAGUCAGAUCUGCAAACAACACUGUGAUGAGCCAUAACUGCCUUUGUGAAUCUCCUGCAUUGCCACAGCAAGGGUGUAAUGCCAGAGAAAAGGGCAAUAGUCUUCAUAGUACCAUGCAGGUCAGGGUGUUUGCUUGAUGAAGCCUGAAUGGUGGCUAGUUCAGGUUGAGGAGAAAAGCUGUUAAACCUCCUGGUUUACCUGCACUUCCCCCCCCCCCUCCCACCCCACGCCACAGUUCAGCGGGUUUGAAUCAUGAGACAAGGCUUUCCUCACAUUUUUAACACUGGAAUAGUUUUAUUAAGUGCUUUGAUUUUUAUUGAGGCCACAGACUAAAUGCUCAAACAAGAUUACCUCUUGAUCAACUAUGCACAAUGUAUAAAACAAAAUAUUAUUGAUAUUGUAGGAGUAAUUAUUUUAUGAAUUGAAUGGGACUGGAAAUGCAAGCACCUGCGUUGGGAAUUUGUCUGUGCCUCCUGCUACUGAGUGCCUUUGCAGAGGAUUGAAGCUUGCAAUUGAAAUGGUGUUCUCCUCGGAAUGAAUCUCAUUCUGUCAGAAUGUGUUACUUGGCUGGGCUACUGUUAACUUGGCCCCGGGUUGCUGUUAACCAAAGAUUGUUCUGUACUUGAUCGUGAAGUUCUUCAUGUUGAAGAUUUAAUUCAUGGGGAGAAUACUUGAGGCUGAAAGCUAGAAUCUUUUCCAGUGGCAUUACUGUUGCCCCUUCCCAGCCCCAGGUUGGGGAAUACAGAAUGUGGCUCUCAGUAGGGUUACUGUGGGCUUGGCCACACUGCAGGUGGUCUCACUGAGGGGGAGAACCCUAGUAGGUCUGCUCACUUGCUGAAUGACACUCCACCAUCAGUGGCUCACUCAGUAGCUGAGGAAGAGAGGUACAAGGGGCACAUUGAAAACUGCCAUCAUUUUGCGAUUGGGAUUGAUAUAAUGUGCAACAAUGGCCAAUUUUCUUUUGUUUGAGAUCACAUUCCUGUCUUAUUUCAAGACCUUUUGCUGGCCUCUGUCUCUCAACACCGGUUGUUGAGCCACCAGCACAUUGGGAAAAUGUUUAGCAGAUGAGUUGAACGAUGUUUCUCUUGCUCAUACUUCCCCGAGUGCUUCUGCUAAAGUCGGCACACUGCGGUGGAGUAUGUGGGAUUCGGGGGAUGAAGUGAGGUGUGGCAAAGCAGAAGGCCACCAGACCCAGCCGAUCCUGUAGGGUUGUGUUGUGUUCACACUUGGGUCAUGGAUUGUGGGUGGCACAGAAGGAAUGUUUUGGGGAAGUGACUCUUUUAAUGUAGCCGAUAAUUAGUAAUAAGCUGUGCCGACACUGUAGGUGAAGCGUGAUAUCCCUAGUGUACUUGUGCACUGCAGGACGUAUCCAGUGGACACCUGCAGAAAGUGUUCACUCGGGGAUCGGGGUGAGAUGCUCUUCUUGUUCCAAGGUGCAGUCAGUGAUUUGUGAACUGCGGUCAGUUAGCUGUGAAUGUGUUUCAGUGUGAAUGGAUGGUUCAUGUCCGUGGGUCGAUCGGUGAACCGGGGACUACUUUCAGUUUGUAUCUCCGUUGAUGCUUGGCUGUUCUUAAGUUUGUUACUUUUGCAUUUAUUGUAGAUUAAUGAUACAUUGUACAUAAUAAAGUUUAUAGAGUUAAAUAAA